UGUGUGUGUCAUUACCUCUGGCGUAACACCGCAUUUCAGAAAAAAACAUCAUACCAACAGUAUGUCAUAUAAAGACACAUGAAGUGAGAUAAAAGGAAAAAAAAGACGAGGGUCAAGCAAUCAUUAAACAUGACUAGUUAAGGCAAAAUCAAAGCUGUUUGUAAAACAGGACAGUGUUUAUGAAGUGAGACAGCAUUAAAUCAAAGGCUUGUUAUAUGUUAGAGGAAUUGUGAGCGUAUACUUUGCAUAGUUAUUAUAAAAGAAAGAACAAAACAAUAAGAAACUACACAAAAGAAACUUGUGUUUCCUGCUCUGAGACCGGGUUGUAUGGAACAAAAAUAAUAAAUCAAUAGUAAUACAUAAAAAAAUUUAUGUAGAUCAAAUACAGAGGGCAGUCCACAUGCAUAAUCCUUCCAAUUAAUACAAAAGAGCAAUGUUUAUGUCCUCUACAAGUGUCCCCAACCUUGUACAGGACAAAUAGUAUAAAUAUGUGAAAUCAGUCUACAUUGUCUGUGCGUUUUUUUAAUCUGCAAGUCCACAUGGUUUGGUUCUAUUGGGAGUGUUUAUAAUACUGUUUCUUUAAGAAUCAGAAGCACAGCUUCCACUCAGUCUUAAAGAAAUAAGACAUGUAUAGACAUAUGUCUUUCAUUACAGCUUAUUUGAAAGACUGAGGCAGCUACAUGUGAUGCAGGAGGAGCUUGUAGAGGGUUAAAAAAAUAAGAGCCAGACAGGACCGAAGUAAAAGGAGCGAACAGGGAAUAGAAAGUGGCAGCAAACGCACAGAGCUUAGGCAUGGCUACAUGGAUUCUCGUUGCCUUUCUCGUCAUCGGUGUGUCGUUCCUGUUAUUGAAAGCUUGUGGGUCAAGGACAAGGCGAGCAAAAGAACCUCCGCUGGUGAAAGGAUGGCCUUAUUUUGGUGUAAUUCUGGACUAUGGAAAAAACCCACUGGCCUUCCUGCAAGCAAUGCGACAAAAGCAUGGAGACAUUUUUACAUGCCAGCUUGCAGGGAAGCACUUCACCUUCGUCACAGAUCCUUUCUCCUUUUCUGCAGUGAUGCGCCAGGGGAAGAACCUCGACUUUCACAAAUUCGCCAUGGGUUUCUCUCAGCGGGUGUUUGGUCAUUGUGACUUUACAUCUUCGCUUUACACCGAAGCCUACCGAGAAGUGCACUCGCUCUUCAUUCAAACGCUACAAGGUCCAUCUCUUCAGAGACUAAGCCAGAACAUGCUUGGUAAUCUACAAACUGCUUUCCAGCACUGCAAGCCAAGUGGGAAUGGCUGGAAAGAGGACGGUUUACAGUGCUUUACCACGCGCAUCAUGUUUGAGGCCGGAUUUGUCACACUCUUUGGGAAGCAGGCAGGGCUUCUUCAGCCGGAGGGAACAGGAUCUGUUGGGCAUAAGGUGAAGGAGGAUUUCUUGGAAUUUGACGGGGCUUUUCCUGCCCUGGCGGCUGGCAUUCCUAUUGCGCUGUGCAGGCGUGCAUGGAGGGCGAGAGAAGCAUUAGCGAAGAAGCUGCUGCACGGGGAACUCCAUCACAGGAUGUGCAUCUCGGAUCUGAUUCAGCGCAGGAUGGAUGCCUUCGAUCGCAUGCACCUGAACGAGACAGAAAAAGCACGCACAAACGUAUGCAUGCUCUGGGCUUCACAGGCCAACACUUUGCCUGCUGCUUUUUGGAGUCUCUACUAUACACUGAGAACUCCAGAAGCUUUUGCUGCAGCUUAUAAAGAGGUUGAGCUGAUCAUGGCUCAGUUACCAAAUGACACACCAAUCAGCCUGUCCAAAGAGCAGCUGGAAUCCAUGACUGUACUCGAGAGUAUCAUCAGGGAAGCUUUGCGUCUAUCGAGCGCUUCUAUUAUGAUCCGACUGGCAAGCGAUGACUUCAUUCUGACAAUGGACUCAGGUCAAGAGGCAGCUAUUAGGAAAGGAGAUUACAUUGCACUCUACCCCCGACUUAUACACUUAGACCCUGACAUCUACCCGAACCCAAUGGAGUUCAUGUAUAACCGUUUCUUGGAUAAGAAUGGUGAAAGGCGGAGCCAGUUUUACAAAAAUGGCCGACAGGUGAAGCACUACCUUGUGCCGUUUGGUUCCGGUGCCAGUGAGUGUCCGGGUCGUUUCUUCGCAAUGAAUGAGAUAAAGUUAUUUCUCAUGGUGGUACUCUGGCACUACGACUUGCAACUCAAUGAGCCUCAAGGCACACUGUCGCCUGACCGUACCCGUGCUGGCCUUGGCAUCCUGCCACCGUCACAAGAUGUAUUGCUCCAAUACAGAAUAAGAGCAGACAGGUACAUGGAGAGAUCCAGGGAGAAAGAAUUCUAAUGAUUACUGUGUAGGUCGGAAAAAGAAAACAUGCCAUGUGUUAAGCCAAAACAAUGUGAAAGAACACUAAUUUAAAAACACAUCUAAAUUUCUUUUUAUAAUCAGCACAAGUGUCUUCUUUAUUCGGUAGACCUACUCUGUGACUAUGCACAAGAAAAAGCUGCCAAAGCUUUAACUAUUGCUUUAACUCUAAACUAAAGCACAUUGCAUUUAAAAUAAAGUGUCUGAAAGUAAAAAAUAUCGUAUGUUCUGAAGGUAGUUGAUGAUGGAUUUAAUGGUAAUAAUAAUUAUGAUGGAUAAAGUAACUACAAUUUAACAUAAUGGUGUCCUCUAUUUACUUUUUAUUUACAGAUUUGGCCAUUAAUACCAAAAUAUGUUAAUUAUUAGGCACAGUAAAGUAGCUGCACAUAAUUAAGUGUGUACUUAAGUGAGUGUACAUUGAAUGAAUGUUUGUUUAAUAAUGUACAAAUGUGUUUCUGGGUUUUUCUGUAUUUAGAAAUUUUAGCCCUUUACUGAUUGUUCAUAUAUUCUAUAGAGUCUGUUUGCAAUUUUAGUCCUUAUGAUUCUGCAAUGUGAACUAUUGUAUUUAUAUUACUCUAUGUUACUGUAUAUUGAUCAUGUAAGUGUAUAUUUACUACGGUUUACCUUCUGAUUAAAUUGGUAUUUAUAUGUCCUAUUUUUUUUUUUUUUUUGCAAAAAUAAACUUUUAUUUUAAUAUUUUAAUGUAUUCAUAAAAUGUAGGGUUUGGCCUUCUAGGCAGCCAGCAUCAGUUUUUUUGAAUGGCAGUCAAUAUCAAAAGCUGAAGAGAAUUUACUCAUAUGGAAAAAAUUGAGUAAUGAUUGUACACACAGCGAGUUUACAAAUAAAAAUACAUAAUAUAA